UACCCCCAUUGAGAGCUUUUUCGUGUAAAUUUCCACAAAACUGUCAAACUCAACCGCAAACAAAAAUAGCACGAAAAGUCUACGCGGAAAGCUCCGAUCCCUGAAAUCGUCCAUUUCUAUUUCACUCCCAGUGGCAUUUACUACGUUAAAUCGUUACUCCCAAGUUAACGUAACGAUGUCGGGAAAUCUAGACAUUCUCGCUCUGAAGGAUGACGAUGUCACCAAGAUGUUGGCCGCGACGACCCACGUCGGCAGCACCUCGGUGAACUUCCAGAUGGAAUCCUACGUGUACAAGCGCCGCCCGGACGGAGUGCACAUCAUCAACCUGGGCCGUACCUGGGAGAAGUUGCUGCUCGCUGCCCGUUGCAUCGCCAGCAUCGAAUUCCCCGGAGAGGUCUUCGCCAUCUCGUCCCGUCCAUUUGGACAGCGUGCCGUGCUGAAGUUCGCCCAUUACACCCAGGCUACCCCGACUGCUGGUCGUUUCACGCCCGGUGCCUUCACCAAUCAGAUUCAACCGGCUUUCCGUGAACCGCGUCUGCUGAUCGUCACCGAUCCGUUGACCGAUCAUCAGCCCGUCACCGAAGCCUCGUACGUCAACAUUCCGGUCAUUGCUUUUUGCAACACCGAUUCGCCGCUGAAGUUCGUGGACAUUGCCAUCCCGUGCAACAACAAAUCUCCCCACUCCAUCGGUCUAAUGUGGUGGCUGUUGGCCCGCGAAGUGCUACGUCUGCGAGGCAUGAUCACUCACGACAAGUGGGACAUCAAGCCCGAUCUAUUCUUCUACCGCGACCCGGAGGAGGCCGAGAAGGAGCAGGCUGCCAUCGAGGCUGCCCCAGUUGCCAAGGAUCUCUACCCAGAAGAACAGCUCGUGGUUGAGGAAACCAACUGGGCCGGCGAGGAUAACGCUCUGCCAGCCCCAGGCGUUCCCGCUGUGGCAGCCCCUCCGGCUGCCAUUCCUCAGUUGAUGCAAGCUGAUGAUUGGAAUGAGGACGAACCCCAGACCGCUGGAUCGUGGGGUGGUAGCGGUGGCGGCUUCUAAGUCGUUACCUCGUUGGGGCAAUGGUUUUGCUGAUUGAGAAGGACCCUACGUGUGUUCUAUGUAGGUGGUUCGGGUGGAGAAUAAAUAAACCAGAAAAGGUUAAACAAAA